AUGGGGUUAUAAAAAUCUGAAACUCCAUUUUUUAUUUGCAUAAAAAUAAUUAUCAUAUUAGAGGACAUGCUUGUAUAACAAGAGGAUUCAUAUUAAGGAGCAUAUGUAAAUGGUUAGAAACAUGGUAAAGGCCUAUAAAAAUGGGCUAAAGGAGAUUCAUAUAAUGGUGAUUGGGUCAAUGGUAAAAGAACUGGAAAGGGUCACUAUAUUUGGGCUAAUGGAGAUUAAUAUGAAGGGGAUUAUCUGAAUGGUUAAAGACAUGGAAAGGGUCAAAUGAGAUGGAAGGAUGGGGCAACAUACUAAGGAGAGUGGGUCAGUGAUAAGAGAACUGGAAAGGGUUAAAUGAAGUAUGUAGAUGGUGGAUUAUAUGAUGGAGAGUAUUUAAAUGAUGAAAGACAUGGAAAAGGACAAUAUAAAUGGGCUAAUGGAAAUUAAUACUAUGGAGAUUGGGUAAAUAAUAAGAGAACUGGAAAAGGUCAAAUGAAAUGGGCUGAUGGAUCAUUAUAUGAUGGGGAUUGGGUCAAUGAUUAAAGACAUGGAAAGGGUUAAUUUAAGGCCACUAAUGGUGAAAAAUAUGAUGGUCAAUGGAUAAUGGACAAGAAGAUGUGA